AUGGCAACGGGCGCCGGGUGGGCGCCUGCGCGGCCCGUCGAGAGGCAUGGCGCGCCCCGCGGCGCCAGCCCGCGGUCCAAGUCGGUCGCGCCGGGUCCGCGCCGCCCCUCCCCGUCCCCCGCGAGGUCGCGGCCAGCCACCGACCACAGCGGCAGCGCUGAUUCGUGCAGAGUGAGAGUUGCUGUAAGGCUCCGGCCGAAGAAUUCAGAGGAUUUAGCUCAUGGUGCUGACUUUAAUAGUUGUGUUGAGUUGCAGCCUGAGUCCAAGAGGCUGAAACUGAAGAAAAAUAAUUGGAGCUGUGAAUCCUACAAAUUCGAUGAGGUCUUCAGUGAAAACGCUUCACAAAAACGUGUGUAUGAGGCAGUGGCAAAGCCCGUGGUUGAGAGUGUAUUAGAAGGCUAUAAUGGGACAGUAAUGGCCUAUGGUCAAACAGGUACUGGCAAAACAUACACAGUUGGUCGACUUGGGAAAGAUGACCCUUCUGAACGUGGUAUAAUGGUCAGAGCAUUGGAGCAUAUCCUUUCUAGCCUGUCUUUUGAAACAGAUUGGGUCGCCAUAUCAUAUCUACAGCUGUACUUGGAAUCCGUCCAUGAUUUACUGGCCCCAGAGAAGACUAAUAUUCCAAUAGUAGAAGAUGCAAAAACUGGUGAAGUUUCCUUGCCAGGUGCUGCAAUAGUUGAAGUUAAAGAUCUUGAACAUGUUUUUCAACUUCUGCAAAUUGGUGAGGCAAAUCGUCAUGCUGCUAAUACUAAGAUGAACACGGAAUCAUCUCGUAGUCAUGCAAUUCUAAUUAUCCAUUUGCAAAGAAGCACAAGAAGAAAAGAAGAAAGUAGUAGCUCUUUGUAUAAUGAUAGACAUGACACUUUUCCUGAUGAUCUGCCACUUGUUCUCAAAAGUAAACUCUUGAUUGUCGACCUUGCUGGAUCAGAACGAAUUGAUAAAUCAGGAAGUGAAGGUCACAUGAUCGAAGAAGCCAAGUUCAUCAAUCUUUCAUUAACUUCCUUAGGAAAAUGCAUUAAUGCGCUAGCAGAAAAUAGUCCCCAUAUACCCACAAGAGAUUCAAAGCUUACAAGGAUACUCCGUGAUUCAUUUGGAGGGACUGCUAGGACUUCUCUUGUUGUGACAAUAGGUCCAUCUGCUAGGCAUUACUCAGAAACUUCAAGCACAGUUAUGUUUGGGCAGAGGGCAAUGAAAGUAGUUAACACAAUGAAGCUGAAGGAAGAGGUUGAUUACGAAAUUCUUUACAAGAAGAUGGAGCGUGAGGUCGACCAACUCACAUCAGAGAUGGAGAGACAACAAAAGGUUAUAAGAAGUGAAAAAAUGCAGAUGGACAAAAGGUUGAAAGAAUCUGAGAGGUCAUUCCAUGAUUUAAGAAUGACCUCUAACAUGCAAAUUGAGAAUCUGGAGAAGGAAAAGCGUCAAUUGGAAUCUGCAGUCAAAAAAUUGACACAGGACUUAGACAAAGAGAGAGACCAAAAUAAUUUGUUAUCCAAACAGGUCACUGAGCUUGAGAAAUUGCUCAACGAAAACAAGCAGCAACAGCUUGAGAACCUCUCAAAAACGAAAUUUCUUACCGAUACAACUAAAGAGCAUGAGAAGGAAAUGGGAGAAUUACUAAGGAAACUUGAGGAAGAAAGGUGUUGUUCAUCAAGCAUGAAAGAUCGCAUGAGUGUACUACAACAGCAACUGUGUGAUGCUCAGAGUUCUGCCCAGUUUCAGGAAAGUAUGGCCCGUGAAAUGGAAAAGAAAUUAACCAAAGCGACCGAAGAAUUUACAAUUCAAGUACAAUCACUAAAAGAAAAGGUCAGCGGACUUAUUUCAGAGAAGGAAUUAAUAUAUGAUGAACUGAAGUCUACUCAAGAAAAGGUGCAGCAGGAAAUGAGCCAGAGACAAGACCUUGAAGAUCAAAUUGUAAGGUUAAAACAGUCUGUGUCUGAUAAUUGUGCUGAAGAGUCUAAAACAUCAUGUAGUAUGGUUAGAUCAGGAUCUGGAUUAGGCAACACAGCUUUUGUGUCCAAAUCAGGAAAAUUAAGAGAGGCCCUAUCUGGUCAGAGGGGUACUAUAUCAAAGAUAUUUGAAGAAGUUGGUCUUCCAAAUGUGCUUGCUCUGUUGAAGUCUGAGGAUCUAGAUGUGCAGAUCCAUGCUGUCAAGGUGGUUGCUAAUCUUGCUGCUGAAGAUGUUAAUCAGGAAAGAAUCGUUGAGGAAGGAGGGCUCGAUGCUCUUCUAUCCCUUCUAGAAACAUCAGAAAACACCACUAUUCAUCGAGUCACUGCUGGUGCUGUUGCUAACUUGGCAAUGAAUGGAUCAAACCAGGGAGUGAUUAUGAAUAAAGGUGGAGCUCGAUUAUUAGCAAAUGUUGCUUCUAAAACUGAUGAUCCUCAAACUUUGCGGAUGGUGGCUGGCGCAAUUGCCAAUUUAUGUGGGAAUGAAAAGCUGCACUUAAUGUUGAAACAAGAUGGUGGAAUAAAAGCACUACUGGGAAUGUUUCGCAGUGGACACACCGAUGUCAUAGCCCAGAUAGCACGAGGAAUAGCAAACUUUGCAAAAUGUGAAUCCCGGAUGAUAAGCCAAGGUCACAGGAAAGGGAGGUCCCUUCUGAUUGAAGAUGGUGUUCUUACUUGGAUGGUGGCCCAUUCAACUAUGUUUUCUGCUUCAACACGAAGACAUAUUGAGCUUGCUUUUUGCCAUCUAGCUCAGAACGUAUCUUUACCAAAUAUCACCCACAACUUUGCAGAAGACAACACUUGUGACAUCAUUGCUUCUGGCGGAGUCAAGGAGCUGCUUCGCAUAACGAGGGAGUCCCCGAGAGAAGAUACACGUAACUUAGCUAAGAAGGCUUUAGAUUCAAAUCCUGCUUUUUUAAGAGAGAUCCAAUGA